AUGAAAGCAACAUUUCGGCAGAGAAAACGAAUAUCCAGCGGAAAGUUCGAAAAUCUAAAUGGAUUAAUGCAUCAGUGGUUUAAGCAGGCAAGAUCCAAAACACUGCCAAUUUCCGGUCCGAUUUUAAAAGAAAAAGCCCUUCAGUUCGCCGAACAGCUAGGAGUACCUGACUUCAAAGCAUCCGAUGGCUGGCUGACGUCAUGGAAAAUUCGGUUCAACAUAAAACAGUUCAAAGUUAGCGGGGAGAGUGCAAUCUCGAUAUCGUGGACGACUAAGACACGCCUACCAACCAUUCUUGGAGAUUACGAGAUGAAGGAUAUCUUUAACUGUGACGAGACAGGUCUGUUUUUUCGUGCAUUACCAGACAGGACACUGGCUUAUAAAACACAAGCAGCAAAAGGUGGGAAGGUUUCAAAAGAACGAUUAACUGUUUUAUUGUGUUGUAGUGCAACAGGAGAAAAAACAAAACCAUUGGUAAUAGGGAAAGCCCAAAAUCCUCGCUGUUUUAAGAACAUUAGAAAGGAGUCACUCCCUGUGACCUGGACAGCCAAUCGGAAAGCGUGGAUGAAUUCACAACUGUUCAAUGAUUGGUUAGAGAAACUUAAUCGACAGAUGUGCCGACAGGGAAGAAAUAUUCUUUUAUUCAUCGACAACGCACCAUCACACGGCUGUGAUCUGAGAGUGAGCAAUGUAACUGUUACAUUUCUACCAGCUAACACCACCUCAGUGCUACAACCAUUAGACCAGGGCAUAAUUAAGGCUUUCAAGACCAGGUACAGAAAACACAUGAUGAGAUCGCUCAUUUUACGGAUGGAAGAUUGCGCUAAUGUAAGUGAACUGUGCAAGGCAAUCAGUGUUGGAUGCGGUUAA